UGACACAGUCGGGGGACAAAGAAGGCAGACUUUUGUUAUGUACAGAAGUGAGAUUAUUUUUGCAGCCUUUGGCCAGACAGUAAGUCAAAAGGACACCCCACUCCCCACAUGGAUGUGGCAACAGCUUAAAUGGAACAUCUACGAAAGAGGAAAUGGGGGAUCUGAAGAGUCCGUCUGCCAGCCCCUUCACAGGCAAAGACAUCACUGUUCUGGCAGGGAAGCUUAAACACAUGGCCCUGAACACCCCACUCCGUUUCAGCGCUCAGGCCUUGAGACCCCAUUCCAAGAACAGCGCUCGGUUUGGCUGCCUCAGCCAUCACUCUUUCUUCUCACGGCACAAUCCCCACCCUCACAGAGUCACUCAUAUUCAAGGCUUGAACGGUGCUCCUGUUUGCACAGUUAAUGACGAGUGGUGCGAGCAGACCAUUCUGCCACCUCACCCAAUGAUAAAGAGUCAGAUUCGUGCUUCUAUUUUGGGGGCGCCUGGGGCUCAGAUACCCAUCGGAGACCCACAACCUGUUCCAGUCCCCUGGCUAUCGACAGGUUCUUUGUCCAAUGCCUGGCGAGAAGAAUUGAGGGAACUUGCUGCCAGAGUCAGAGCCGCCUCGUCCACUGAGAAAAAGGAGGCAGCAGAAAAGUCUCGGAGGGAGACACAAUACUCAGAAGAAACAGGACGUCUCAUCCCACCUCCCUCUCGAGCUACAGCUUGCCAUUCGUCCCGCCGUUUGCACAGGAACAAUGCCAAGAAUAAAGGCAAGGAUGCGACCCUGCUCUUCCGGGACCAAGAACUUAUAAUUUUGGAGCUGCUCUGUCAGAUCCUGCAGACAGACUCCUUGACUGCGAUCCAGCAAUGGCUGCUCAUGGCUGCGCAGAGGGAAAAGGACCUUGUCAUGGGAUUGUUGCAGACGGCAACUGCCAAUUUACAUCUUGAUCCUCAGGAGCUGACCACAAGCAUGGAAAGUGAUGGAAAGCAUCCAUCACAGUUGCCCCCAGGUGCCUCAGGAUUUGCCUCCAAACCACGCAGCUUUGGGAGAAAUCAUGUAACCAGGCUGUCUGUUAUGAGACAAAAACAAGAACCUAUCCCAGAAGAAGAAAAGCCAGAGAACCUGGAGGCACCAUCUUUCAAGUCAGGAAUCCUAUACCAGUACCGCUACUCAUUGGAUGGCCAGCUAAGAUACCUGUCAAGGCCAUCUUUGCAAGGAAGCAAGCUGCAGGCUGAAGCUCUGGUUGAUGUGCAUCUCGUGUGGAGAAAUCCCAAGGAUGCCGGGGAGCACCUUCUCCAAAUCCAAAUCCAUGGCCUGCAACUCCAUCACGAUCCGGAACAAAGUAAGAGUCAGACUGAGAACAAUGAUCAACCUGCCCAAAUUUCACUGAACACUACAGAACUGGAGCAGCCCGUUUUCCUUCAUUGGAAAAAUGGGAAGGUUGAAGGCAUCUAUGAAGACAAAGCUGGAAGCCCCUUAACUUUGGAGCUGAAGAGAGGCCUGGUCAGCCUUCUCCAGUUUCAGACCCACCCUGGGACAGUGACUGAGGAUGACAUUUCUGGGAGCUGCCCAGUGACCUACACAGUCUCCAAGGAUUCUGUUCUGAAGACAAAAGACCUACAUGGAUGCAAAAGAACAAAGUUUGGAUUCAGCUCUGUUAACAAGAUGUUUGGAGUCCUGUGGCAACCUGUAAGUAAAAGUCUUUAUUCUGUGGAAGGACAGCUCCUCAAGUCCGCAUUGUCCGAAGAAAGUCAUACAAUCUCUCUAAACCUGAAGUCUUCCAUUGGAGUCGAUAUCACCUCCAGGCAACACCUUGAACUUGUGACUCAAGUGUCUGGAUCAAAAGAAUUACCAGGGGAAAGUCCUCAGGAAGCCCUGGCGGCUGUGCUGAGGAAACCGCAACCCAUUAACAUAGCGAGUGAUCCUGUCAAGAGGACCAACACCCAGUACCCAACUCUCAAAACCUACUUGAAAACACUGGCUAAAAAGAGACGCAGAAUGGACCUCUCUGAGGCAUCAAUCACUUGGCAUUUUUGCAAAGUUGUCCAGAUGUUGCGCGAUGCCAAGAAGAAAGACAUCCUGCUGUUGUUGAAGAAAGCACCAGAAGAGAUUGCGUCCUUCUACGUUGAAGCUGCAGUGGCUGCCCAUUCUACAGCUUCCUUGAUGGCACUGUCUGAAUUUCUCAGUUUUGGGAGCAAAAAGAACGCCGCCUUACUGGAGAAGUUCUUCUACGCUGCAGCCUUCUCCCCUCGCCCUUCAAAGGAGCUCUUGCGUCUGGUGGUAGAUAAGCUGAAUGGAAAGAAACUAGAAGCAGCCACCUGGGAAACGGGGAAUAUUGUAAUCGGCAGCCUGAUUGGCAAGCUGUGCCAAAUGAAACUGUGUGGUCUUCAAGAAGUAAGACUUGAAGUAGACUCCAUCGUGCAAAGGCUCAAGAACACCAAGAAGGACUCUGAGAGGGUGAUUUAUCUGUUGUCCCUGAAAAGUGCUCUGCUCCCAGAAUCCAUCCCCAUCUUCCUGCAUUAUGCAGAAGAGGGCUCUGCCACGGUCUCAGCCACAGCGCUGAACGCACUACAGAGGUAUUCUGCACAGCACAUCUCAAGCACGGUUAAAAUGGCAAUGAAACGCAUAUUCCAUGAAGUGCACAGACGCUAUCCAAAAAUUUCAAGGCUGGCUGCUGCAGAAAUCCUGUUGAACAAUGAUCCCUUGCCAGAGGAUUUCACCAAUAUCCUGUUGGCCACCAGAGAACUUGAGCCAGAAAUGUCAAGAUUUCUGCUGUCAAAAAUCCAAAACAUCGUACACUCCGGUCAUCAUCCAACCAGAAAGGUCGCUAAAGAGGUUCUGAAUGACCCGCAGAUAAAUAAUUACUACUUCCUCUCCUCUGAAGCUGGCAGCUCCAUCUCCUUCUCAGGACCAGUGACAGCCACCAAUGACACUCUCUCUACCAUUGGCCUGGAUCUCCUGUUCUCAGACAUUGGCAUUCUGAGGAAGAGCACCACCAGUUUCAAUAUCCUAAGCCAUGGCUACCAGCUCCAAGCAGCUCAGGUGGCCAUAGAAGCAAAAGGAUAUGAGGGCAUCCUGGGAGGCAACGCAGCCGAUGGAGAAGACGAAUUAAUGGCCGGCAUGUCUGCUGCUCUGCUUGAUGUCCAGUUACGGCCAAUCACUUUCUUUGAAGGAUACACAGAUCUGAUGUCGAAGUUCUUCACGAGCUCAGGAGAACCCACAAAUGUGGUCAAAGGGAACGUAUUGCUGAUGGACCAUCUACAGGCAAUCCCACUUCAGUCUGGUUUGCAAACUGUGAUCACUCUCCGAGGAGGACUUGGGUUAGAUGUUUCAGCUGACAUCAAUGUGAAUUUGUGGGAGCAGGAGUUCAAAACAGGCGUCGAAACCAGGGGCGCACUGACCAUUGAUUUCCAAGCAGAACUGGAUGCGCCAUUUUUUCAAGCCACAGUCAAAACCCAAACAGAAGUCGAAAUGGCCACAAACUUCAAUACAGCUGGAAGAGUUUCUACCAUGCCCGUGCUCAUGUGUCUGCAGCUUACAGAAGAAGAAGUCGCUUACAGAGAAAUCUUCUCGGUCUCAGAAUCCUCUGCAAAUCACAGCACCACUGUCCGCAAAGGGAGAUGGACCACCAUCCCUGGGCGUGAGCUUUCCUUUCACAGAGCCAACUCUGAAAUGUGCAGGAUCCUGCUUGCAGAGACAACGGAACAAUAAAAAGCAGCAUCCA